GCUAUCGAUGUGUGAAAGGGCGUAUUCCAUUUUAGCCCCACAGCGGCAGUCGUGUUACGGGAGGAGCAAGCGGCGUGGUUCCGGUAAGAGAAGGGCAGAGAACAACAGUAGGCUGAAAUCUACACGCUGGGAGCUGGGAGACGGGGCCGCAUAAGCGAGGCAAUGGAGGAAGAGUUUCGGGAAAUCGAUGGAGCCGGGACGUGGAACGCCAUUUAUCAGGAAAUUCGUCUGCAAUCAAGCGAGCUGCCAUGCAAAGUUGCCAAACUUUCUGAAAAUAAAUCCAGGAAUCGGUACAGGGACGUGAGCCCAUUCGACCACAGCAGGAUCCAUCUUCAGCUGGGUACCAAUGACUACAUCAAUGCCAGUCUGAUUACUGUGGAAGAAGCUGAAAGAAGCUACAUCCUAACUCAGGGCCCUCUGCCAAACACCUGUGGCCACUUCUGGGAGAUGGUGUGGGAGCAGAGCAGCACUGGAGUGGUGAUGCUGAACCGCGUCAUUGAGAAAGGCUCGGUGAAAUGUGCCCAGUACUGGCCCUCGCCGGAGGAGAAGGAGGCCCUGUUCCAUGACACCAGCUUCAAGCUCACCUUCAUCUCCGAGGACGUCAAGCACUAUUACACUGUGAGGCAGCUAGAGCUAAGGAAUCUGCUGACUCAGGAGACCAGGAACAUCCUCCAUUUCCACUACACCACCUGGCCGGACUUCGGAGUACCGGAAUCCCCAGCCUCCUUCCUGAACUUCCUGCUGAAGGUUCGGGAAUCUGGCUGCCUGGACCCCGAAUGUGGGCCCGUGGUGGUCCACUGCAGUGCUGGCAUCGGCCGCUCUGGAACCUUCUGCCUCGUGGACACCUGCCUCCUGCUGAUGUCCAUGCGCGACAACCCAUCGUCUGUGCGCAUCCGCGAAGUGCUGCUGGAGAUGCGCAGGUACCGCAUGGGCCUCAUCCAGACCGCCGACCAGCUGCGUUUCUCCUACCUCGCCGUCAUCGAGGGCUCCCGCUGGAUCACGGACGGCACCUCUGUGCAGGAGUCGUGGAGGUCCCUGUCAAAUGAGGACGAUCCCCCAGCACGUACACCCGGCCUCCCCAGAUCGCCCAUACAUGCCCGGAACGGCACCAAUCCCUCCUUCUUCCCGGUAGACCUCAUAGACGAUGUGUGUGUGCAGCAGAGGGGCGACAUCCGAACGCACAGCUCCCCCCCGGAGCCGGCCAUGCGGCGGAGGCGUGGAUCUGAUGGCGGCAUCCCGCCCCCGGUGCCCCCCCGCCCCAACCUGCCCGACGAGCCGGCACCCGAUACCCCAAGGAACACGACGGCGCCAGAGAAGCCCGACCACUCCCGCGGCUCCUGGACACCCCUUGUGGCCAAAGUGUGCCUGUGCACCAUGGUAGCCAUGGGAGCCUAUAUCUGCUAUCGAACCUGGCUGCACUGAGUUGAUUGGUUAGCGUGUAGCCACAGUCUGCCUACCCCAGCAUGUGGAACUCAGUAAGGUGCUGAUGGGGGAGGGGAGGGGGGGCACUUUGUUUCUUCUUUUAUUUUUUUGAAAUGCAAAGUUUUUUGGGAGGGGUGGGGGGGGGGGUUUGAGGGGCACCCCCCUCCCCCCAGUUUGACUGCCCCCAUAGACUCUAAUAAGCUCAGGGGCCUCUUGUCAGGUACUGCAUCCCACCAAGGAACCAAAACAUUUUUACAGCGUUUCUCAGAAAAGCCAGCUGUGUGUAAAUGUUCAUAUUAUAUAUAAAAUUCCGUGUAGAAUUAUAUACAUGAUAUGAUGUAUGUAUGUAAUACGAUACAGUAACCAUAACCGCACAGUUUACCGAGACACAUUCUUACAUUCAUGCUUUGAUUUCAGCCUUCUGUUUUUCUGGACUCUUCCUGCUUGGCCAGUUUCCUAUGCAGUUUCCUCGCUGUGUAAACGGGGACUGUGCAGCUCCUGCACUUCUGCAUCAUAGAAUAAAAGUAUGAAAUUACAAUAAGCAACCAAAAAAAAAUAAAAAAUCUCACACAAACAUCACAUAAGCCAAAAGCUAGCAGACUUGUUUCUCCCCUCGGCUUCCUCAGUCUCUGGUUGUAUUGUACCUGGGAGUAGGCUGAGACCUGGGAGUAGGCUGAGACCUGGGAGUAGGCUGAGACCUGGGAGUAGCAGUGGAGUAGGCACCCUCUAUUGGCAGCUUGGGCAGGCUGGGCCUGCUGUAGAGUAGCCCAGAUUUUUUUAUUUUUAUUACUAUUCCUUCUCAUUCUUUUCAUGCACAGCAUCUGGGUGCUUAAAGUUCUCCGUUGAUUGACGUUGCUUCCACAAGGCGCUCUCUCCAUAGGCAGUCGCUGAAGAAGCUCUUGGUUUCCUGUUUUGUCAUUUAAUUUAAUUUUAGUAAAAGAAAUUUUUACGGUGCCCUGUCGUGUCUGCUGUGUCAGGCAGGUUCUCUGACAGUAUUCGUUCCCUCAUACCUAUGCCAAAGCCACUGCCUGCCCCAGCUUCUUGAUGUCGCACUUGCACUUGGACUAUUUAAGUGGCUCCAUCUAGUGGAUGGGCAGGGGAUAGCACCUCCUUUCUCAGGGCAGCCUAUUUAUUUUAUACGUCAAUGCUGUGGGUGGCACUCAAGUCAUGUCAAGGAGUCCUUCAGUUAUAUGGCAUCACUUUGCUUGCUGUUCUUUCUGUUUGCGCUUUAGACGGCAAUAAGAGCGUGUUGCAUCUUUUUCACCAUGCAAAGUACACCCUCCAAUCCAGAUGUCUUGGUGAGGCAGGGCCACGAAAACCAGUGACCAGCAUAGUGACCACAAAUGGUGGGGAGGGGGGGGGGUCAUUAACAAUUAGCUGGCCGAGUAGUCUUUGCUGGCGUCGGUGGUAGUCUCCCGUUAAAUAUAGAAGUUUUAUCCCAUUGGGACUUGGUUCGGUAUCCUAGGAUGGACACUGUUGGCUGACUGGCCUCAGGAGAAGGAUGGUAGGCAUGUCUCUCUUUUCCUCCAAUCAGGUUUUGCCAUGCUGGGUUUUGGGGAGGCGAAUUCUGACUUGGGACAUCCCCAGGGGUUCGUCACCUGUAUCUGUUAAAUUUCCAGUCCUCUGUAUAUAUGCUCAUUGACUUAAAAUAAUAUUUUACCAGUAUUAUCAAUUAUCUUUUUAAAAAAAAAAAUUAAAAUGAAAAAGAAUA